AUGCCUUUUCAUAUGAUCAAUUAGGUUACCUUUGGCAGUGAAACCUUAAAGGCAUACAUCGCACCUAUAGGGUUUAACUCCAUAGUGAGUCCUCAUAUGAACAUUCAAAUUUCCCUUUUCUGUGAAUUGCUUGCUGCAGAUGCUGCAUUCAUAUCACUUAAGUCUCAUGUGUACAUUGCGAACAUGCUUUUUAAGGUUAUCUUUCCUUGGAUUAACUACUUUUAAAUCAAGGUAACUUGGAUUUUCCGUUAAUCUGAUUGCACUAAUUCCAACUUAAUUGGAAGAAUUGCCUAUUCCAAAAUAGUAGAUCUACUUUGUCAUUUCUUCAGCAUCCUAAUGGUAUUUGCUAAUGAAAUUAUAUUACUGGGUUGA